GGAUUCCCGGCGCAGGGAGGGGACGCGGGGCGGCCACACCGCCUCCCGUGUGCCACACGAUGUCCCCGCCCCGCGCGCCUCCCGCUCUGCAUCAUCUCGGUGCGCCGGGCCCGGCGAUGGCGGCGGGGCCUGCGGGGGCCGUGGCGGCGGCGCUGAGCGGGGCGGGCGCGCUGCGCUUCGGGCACUUCGUGCUGAAGAGCGGCCGCUCCUCCCCCGUGUACAUCGACCUGCGCGGCCUCGUGUCCCACCCGCGCCUCCUCCGGCAGGUUGCAGGACUUCUUUUCCAGGCAGCCCAAGAUGCGGGUCUGCAGUACGACUGUGUGUGCGGCGUUCCGUACACGGCGCUGCCGCUGGCCGCCAUCAUCUGCUCGGAAAAUCAGGUUCCGAUGCUCAUACGGAGGAAGGAGGGAAAAGAUUACGGUACCAAGCGGAUGGUAGAAGGCACCAUUAAUCCAGGAGAGACAUGCCUGAUCAUUGAGGAUGUGGUAACAAGUGGAUCCAGUGUGCUGGAAACUGCAGAAGCUCUGCAGAAAGAAGGAUUAAAAGUCACAGAUGCCAUAGUGCUGUUGGACAGGGAGCAGGGUGGGAAGGCCAGGCUAGAGGAACGUGGAAUUCACCUGCACUCUGUGUGCACCUUGUCUGGAGUGCUGGAGAUUCUCCAGCAGCAGGGAGAAGUGGCUGCUGAGAUGGUGGAAAAGGUGAAGAAGUUCAUUGAGGGAAAUGUGUUUGAGGCAGUGGCUCAGAAUGGUGCUGCUCCUGUGAAGAGACUCUGCAAGGAGCUGAGCUUCAGCGCUCGUGCCCAGCUGCCAGGGCUGCAUCCUAUUGCAGCCAGGCUUCUCAUGCUCAUGGAAAAGAAGCAAACAAACUUGUGCCUUUCUGCUGAUGUCACCAGUCCCAAGGAGCUGCUGCAGCUAGCUGCCACCCUGGGCCCCAGCAUCUGCAUCCUGAAGACUCACAUAGACAUCCUGAAUGAUUUCACCCAAGAGGUAGUAAAGGAGUUGAGAACGCUCGCAGAUCAACAUGAAUUCCUGAUUUUUGAAGACAGGAAAUUUGCAGAUAUUGGAAACACGGUGAAACACCAGUAUGAAGGUGGCGUGUUCAGGAUCGCGUCCUGGGCGGACAUCGUCAAUGCCCACGUGGUUCCAGGCUCUGGAGUUGUGAAAGGGCUGAAGGAAGUGGGUCUUCCUCUCCAGCGUGGCUGCCUCCUGGUUGCAGAGAUGAGUUCCCAGGGGUCCCUUGCAACGGGUGAAUACACAAAAGCUGCAGUACAGAUGGCUGAAGAGAACUCAGAUUUUGUUUUUGGAUUCAUAUGUGGAUCUAGAGUUAGUAAUAAACCAGAAUUUCUUCACUUAACCCCAGGAGUGCAGCUGCAAACUGGAGGGGAUAACCUUGGACAGAAGUACCUAAGCCCCAAGGAAGUUAUUGGUGAAAAAGGCUCAGAUAUCAUUAUUGUGGGACGUGGCAUCUUGGCAGCUUCAGACCGUCUCCAAGAAGCAGAGAAGUACAGGAAGGCAGCGUGGGAGAGCUACGUGAGCAGGCUUGGUGCUCCAGCAGAAGACUGAAAACCACACACUGUCCUAGCCAGUGUAAGCAAAGCUGAUGGAGCUGCAGCCCUCAUGAGGGGUCCAGUUAAAUACAUGGACACUUCAUCCUGUAGAAAACUGCCCUUUUGGAGAAAAAUCUAUUACAAAGUUGUUUUAAUUGUACACACGGGUCAAAUUGUGCUUGCCAUUGUUGCUCUUUGAUACUUGAAUGUAAGAACCCAGAACUUCAUGCCAAAUUUUUAGCCUUAGUGGGAUUUCUUGUUUGAAAAACAUUGCACAAAACACCCCAAGGGUAUUUUUUUGGCUGUUGUUGCCUUCGUCUCUUUUCCCCACCCUCAAAUUCUUUCUGGCCGUGGAAAUGGUAUUUAGUUACAUCCUUAAUAAACUUCACCUGCACACUUGAUGUGCUGCCCCACCUUCAUGGGGUUAUUCAGCUCUCCUGUUUCCAAACGAGCAAAUGCAGGUUUUAAUGCUAUACUGUGAAAUUGAAUUAUCUGGUGUUUAAUAAAUUCUUUUUUGCUACCAUUUUCCUUUUUCAAUGGCUCUAUAUGUCUUUGUUCUGUGGCAGAAAUAUUAUAAAAAGUCAUCCUGGUGUGUCUGUGAC